GUCUGCGCACUAAGAUACUCAGUUCCAAGUUUGGAGCUUUUAGCUGCCAGCCCUGGCCCAUCAUGUAGCUGCAGCACAGCCUUCCCUAACGUUGCAACUAGGGGAAAAAUCACUUUCCAGACUGUUUUGCAAGGUGUGCAAUUCCAUCUUGACUCCCUGAAAGUCCAUCUGCUGCAUCGGUCAAGAGAAACUCUACUUGCAUGAAGAUUGCACGCCUGCAGCUUGCAUCUUUGUUGCAAAACUAGCUACAGAAGAGAAGCAAGGCAAAGUCUUUUGUGCUCCCCUCCCCCAUCAAAGGAAAGGGGAAAAUGUCUCAGUCGAAAGGCAAGAAGCGAAACCCUGGCCUUAAGAUUCCAAAAGAAGCCUUUGAACAACCUCAGACCAGUUCCACGCCACCUCGAGAUUUAGACUCCAAGGCUUGCAUUUCUAUUGGAAAUCAGAACUUUGAGGUGAAGGCAGAUGACCUGGAGCCUAUAGUGGAGCUGGGCCGAGGUGCGUACGGGGUGGUGGAGAAGAUGCGACACGUGCCCAGCGGGCAGAUCAUGGCGGUGAAGCGGAUCCGGGCCACAGUUAACAGCCAGGAGCAGAAACGGCUACUGAUGGAUCUGGACGUUUCCAUGAGGACAGUGGAUUGUCCAUUUACCGUCACCUUCUAUGGUGCACUCUUCCGGGAGGGUGAUGUGUGGAUAUGCAUGGAGCUCAUGGAUACGUCACUAGAUAAAUUCUACAAACAAGUUAUUGAUAAAGGCCAAACAAUUCCAGAGGAUAUCUUAGGGAAGAUAGCAGUUUCUAUUGUAAAAGCAUUAGAACAUCUACACAGUAAGCUCUCUGUUAUCCAUCGAGAUGUCAAGCCUUCUAAUGUGCUCAUUAAUACUCUGGGUCAAGUGAAGAUGUGUGACUUUGGAAUCAGUGGCUACCUGGUGGACUCUGUUGCUAAAACGAUUGAUGCGGGUUGCAAACCAUACAUGGCUCCUGAACGAAUAAACCCGGAGCUCAACCAGAAGGGGUACAGUGUGAAGUCUGACAUUUGGAGUCUGGGCAUCACCAUGAUUGAGCUGGCCAUCCUUCGGUUUCCCUAUGACUCCUGGGGAACUCCCUUCCAGCAGCUAAAGCAAGUGGUAGAAGAGCCGUCGCCACAGCUCCCUGCAGACAAGUUCUCCGCAGAGUUUGUCGACUUUACCUCACAGUGCUUGAAGAAAAAUUCCAAAGAACGGCCCACAUAUCCAGAGCUUAUGCAACAUCCAUUUUUCACCCUACACGAAUCCAAAGCAACAGAUGUGGCAUCUUUUGUAAAACUGAUACUUGGGGACUAAAAAGCCAUGGACUUACUGGUUGACCCUACUGUGGAUUGGUGGGUUUACAGGGUGAAGUGAGUUCAUUACAACACCAACAGGAAAAGUCAUCUUGAGAUCAUUGAACCCUCCCUGCCUUUUUGAGGGUUUUUUUCUCCCUAUUUUUUCUUUUUCCUCUCCAAAGGGGGCCAUGGAAUCUCUAGUAUAGAAUGAACUCUCUAGAUGGAUGAAAUAUGAUAAAGGCUUAGGACUUGAAAAGGUGAUUAAAUAUUUAAUGACGAGUCAUAUGAGUCCUCAAGCUUCUCAGAUUUCUCGUGUUCUUUACAAAAUGAAUGCAUUGGCCCUGGUAACAAGGUGCUACAGUAGUGAUGAAAUUGUAAAGUAGAUUUGUAGUGUAUCCCACUUAUUAUUUUAAUAUUUAUGUUUCAGUGCUUGGUUGGAAAUAUUCCAUUUUAUGCAAGAAGGGAGACAGAGAGGCAAGGCUGACUUGGCAGUAUUUAUAGGGCUUUUAUUUUGUAAGUUCAAUCAUGUCUGUGGUCCAGAGGAAGUUAUUUAAUAUGCAUCUGUAAGAAUACUAUAAAAAUCUCAAGCAAAGGGGCUCUUCCUGUGCAGUGUGGCUUGCAGCUGUUGUGGCUGCUGCUCCCAAACUUCAACUCAAUCCUGGGUAACCACUGCAACUUUUGAAUGAAUUGUCAAAGUAUCUUGAUCAUAUCCCACCCCCCAACUUUGGAAAACAUGGAAGUCAUUUGUAUCAUGGCUCAAAGAGUAAAAACCAAUGGGUCUCUUCAAA